GGUAUGUUUCUUGCAGCUUCUUGGCUUCUCCCUUGAGCUCUCUCUUCAAAAUUCCUAUUCCACUUUUUUCAAUUUGAUGACUAAACAAUCUCACAAGUACACAAAAGAAGUUGUAAUGCAAUCUAGCUAUGAUAUAAUGACAGGUUUUGAAAGAUCCUUAAUGCAAGAGAAAAACAAAUCUCUACUUUUUUCAAAACAAGACAUUGCAAAAAAAAUCAGAAGAAGUUGGAGGUUUCAUAUCAAGUCAAAUACUGCAAAACCAAAAUGAAAGAUGGUUUUAAAUGUUGUUACCUGGGCAUUGGCCUUCACUAGGAAGACCUGACUGUCAAACAUAUGUUCUUUCAUUUAUUGCUGACCAUUAACAUGAAACGUGCAACAAAAUAUAGCCUUGUAGAUGGUAGAGAUCACAAGAUCAAGUGAUCAACAAGACUGACAGGAUUAGACUAUAAGUUUAUUCCAAUUAAAAGCAACGAAGUGUUGAAUGAAGAUAACCUGUGGCGAACCACAUAUUUCCCAUUAUGAGCAAUAAUUAUAAUCAUCCAGGUGGUAAAUUUCAACAAGUUAAACACAUAGCAAUGGAAAAAUAACUAUGCAUAGCUUAGCUACGUGAUCCUCAUACAAUCAAAAUCUCGAAUCUUUCCACAAAUAUGUAUAAAUCCCACACUGGCAUAUAACCAUUUUUUAUCGGUGUAACUCUGAUUGAAUUAAUUAACAUUUCUAGAAACCAAACAAACAAAACGAAUCAAGCAGAUCUAACAUGGGUCGCGUGGAGCAAAGACUUUUCUAGAAUUUUCUAGACACUUCAAGUAGAGAUGGCUGGAUUUUUUUGGACUAUGUCAUACCUUCAUAACAAUAUGAAUAUUACAUCGAUUUGAUUUGAGACGGAUCUUAUCCCUAUCUUUUUAAAUAUCAUAUCCAAACAAAAUUUUACAUUAAUUAAAGGUUAAGCAGAACAUUUAAUUUUUUUAAAUAUGCCUGAAUUUUUAAAAACAACCUAUAAUAUGAUAUCUGAAACGUGUAUAAUUUUAGAUGUUUUUUUGAAAUUUGUAAUUUUCAUCUAACUUAUUAUAUUUUUAAUGUUUUUGUAGAUUUACUUUAUAAACUGAUUUAUUUAUGGAAGCUAAUAUGGAUCGCGAGAAAUCCGCUAUUGGAUUAUUAUUCUUAACCCGACCCGGUAAAAAUACCCGUUUAAAAGUUACGCGCCCGGGAAUAACAUCCGUUAAAUAGUCCAACGUACCUCCCCAUAUUGAUACAGUCAGUUAAUGCUAACGUUGCCGUCACAGUCACAGUUAAGCAAAACUACUCCGAUUCAAUACCAAAAAAAUCGACCGUUUAUAGACGGCGUUUGCUCACCAUAACUGCACCACCAUGACCACCGUCUACUCCGCUUCAGCCACCGUAACGGAAGGCACGAAAGUUUCCCCCCGGAGGUCGAAUAAUAACGGAAGAAAUGGAAAGCUGCGGGUGAUUUGUAGAUACGGCGGUAACAUAGUAUCUCAGCGCUACGUCGGCGGAGAUACUCGUAUCGUCGCCCUUCCCCACGCCGCGGAGACGAGCUUCGCUACGCUCGUUAGCCACCUUGCGGCUACGCUCGGAGUCUCUUACGACUUCAAGGUGAAGUACCAGCUCCCUGAUCAGGAGCUGGACUCGCUCAUCUCCGUCGCGACGGAUGAGGACGUUCAGAUCAUGAUGGAGGAGCACGGAUAUCUCACGUGCGAGCCGUCAUCGGCUCCGAAAACGCGCAUCAGAUUGUUUCUCUUCCCUUCGAAAACGAGUGAAGGCGGCGGCGCGAGUCAGGGAGGUCUGGCUCGGUGUAAAGCGGUGGCGGAUACUGAUUGGCUUGGAAGAGAAGAGUCCAAGCCUGUGCUGACUCAUCCAAAGACUGAAACGUGGUUCGUAGACGCGUUAAAGAGCGCGGAGAUGAUGCUGACUGCUGGGCGAGAUCAUAGCGGAGAUGUUAACGGACAGGAGUCUAUGACGCAGGAGACCAGUUCAAACUUAGGCUCGACGUCAUCCUCGGCUUCUUCGAGCAAUUUACCUCCGGUGAAAAGGUCCGGCGAGGGCAUUUCUCAGGUCAAAUAUUCUCCCGUAGAAUCAGUGACAAGAGAAGAAGAAGCCAGUCCUCUAAUCGCGUUUAGUUCAAGUGCCGUCCCCCAAAACUCUUCUCACGAGCUACCAACACGUCCUCAUGUUUUGGAAAACAAAUUAUCUUCAAACAUGUACGAGGCUGAGCUAAACAAACCAGUUCCAGUUCAAGUCCCAGUUACCGGGUAUCCACCAUAUCUGAACCAAGCUCAACAACAGCAUACCCAUGUCGUUUACACUGGACAGCCUUACAUUACUGGAACCGCACCUAUGACAUUGCCUGCCACAACAUACCAUCAGACAAACCACCUACAGUAUCAACUCCCGCCACAGCCAUACCCAAUCUAUUACAGUCCAGUUGAUCAGUACAGUUCAAGGCACGUUCAAGCACCCCCUGUGAAACACAACAACGUUUUAAACACCCACCAAGUUGAUUUCCCAAUGGCCCACACCAGCAUCCCUGUAGCCCCAGAGUUUUCCUCACAUGUUUACCCUCCUCCACCCAAACCCGUUUUAAACACCCACCAAGUUGAUUUCCCAAUGGUCCGCACCAGCAGCCCUCUAGCUCCAGAGUUGUACCCUCCACCCAAACCAGUUGAUCCCUCGGUACAAACAUCAAGUGAAGCUGUCCUUAGAGAUGAUCACAUCUAUAACAUUGACCACCUGGAUGACGAUACAGUUUGUGCUCAGAUUUACAAAACUCAGCCACCAGCUCCCAUAAUACCGUCUCAGUUACAAACCAUGAUGCUGACUGAAGCUCUCGGUAAGCUACGCAUCCACAAUGGUUGAGAGUAGUAAAAAACAUUUAUCAUGUUGCUGUAGUUUCAAGCAUUUGGUUUUACAGUUUUGUUUUGGUUCCCUCUCCCACGCAUGAUUCUGCUUUUUGUCUCUUUCAGUCAACGUGAUCCUUGCUUCACGCACUUUGUUGUUGUAAUACUAUAUCCCAUGAUGAUCUUAUGUCUU